UUCAGCUUGUGGCAUCGACCCCUGAACCUGCGCAAACUGAUGGAGGUGCAGUAUCCGGGCCUAAGGCGGGACAUGCCUCUGCAGAGAGCCCUCAAAGUCAACCGCCUCCCUGAGAUGACAAAGACACCAGGUUUGCGACCGAUGAACAAAGCCGAUGUUGUGAGGACGCACGCUCUUCUGCAGGCAAACCUCAGCAAGUUCCACCUCAGGCCCAGCUGGUCCCUGCAGGAAGCGGAGCACUGGCUCUUGCCGAGGGAGGGUGUGGUUGACACCUACGUGGUGGAGGGUAAUGAUGGUGCACUGACAGAUGUGGUGAGCUUCUAUCGAGUCUCCUCCAAGGUGUUGAAUCAUCCGGUCCACACGGGCCUCAGUGCGGCUCACCUGUUCUACGUCGCAUCAGACGGCUGUGCACACUUGGCUGAGCUCAUAGAGGACACGUUGGUCUUGGCCAAAUUUAAAGGCUUGGAUAUCUUUGUUGUUCUCGACGUGAUGGAUAACAGGAGUUUCCUGGAGAAGCUCAAGUUCAACGUUAGCGGCAAGGACCUGAACUACUACCUGUACAACUGGAUGUGUCCGAGAAUGAGUCCGGACAAGGUGGGCAUUGUGCUACCAAACUAAUGGGAGAUGAUGACUGAGCCUUGAAAUGCAGCAGCAAGAGUUUGUAGCGUGAUGUGACCAUCUGCAAACACACGGAAUCAAUAAAACAAAUAAAGAUAAAAGUGCAUUAGUGAG